AUGAUUUCCCUAGGCAUCUUCACCGGAAACCCUCGCCCCCAGCGCUUGAGCGCCUGGAGCCUCGCGCUCACCCACAAGAAGGUGGGUGUGUUCCGUUUCUUGACCAACUUGUUGUACCGCAAGAGUCACUCGCUCUUCCCGCCCACCACCGCUGUUUUCAACUUGGCCAGCUCUGGCUCUGCUCCUUUGUUUCCCACAGCCUGUGCUGCUGACGACUUGGCGUUGAGCCUCGCCGGUCCCUCUGACCAGAUCGAGUUCUUCAACAACUUUGUCAUCUCCAACAACCCCUCGGGCCCCGUGGCGGCUACUGGCGCCUCGGACGAGCUUGCAGGCCCCCCCGGUUUGGACUCCCAGGCGUACUUGCCGUACUACGACGAAAAGCAGCCGUUCCAACCACCCAUCCACGGCUACAGCGACGUCUACCACGCCCAGGUGCCCCAGCACCACUUGCCAGGCCAGAACGACUUUGGCAGCAAGGAGUUGCCUUUCUUCCAGUUGGGUGGUGCUGACACCUACCAGCCGUACUUCGAUGACUUCAACAUGAAGAACCGCACCACCACCCAUAACGUGGUGGAUUCUUCCAGGAUCGACGAGCCGGGCUCCGUCUCCAGCUCGGUGUCUUCCAGCGACUCCUACACCAACCCGUUGGACGACGAGUUUUUCCGCAAGUUGACCACCAACUAUCACCAAAUGGACCACGCCGUGUUCCAGGCCCAAGCUCCUGUGCCUCAGCACCAGCACCAGCACCAGCACCAACACCAGCACCAGCACCAGCACCAGCACAACCGGGCUCCAGUGCACCAACAGCGCCACCAGCACCACCCACCAUCUUCGUACCCCAGCGAAAUCUCUAAGAAACGUACUCACGACUCUGUCUCUUCCCCUCCAGCGUCCAACUACGCGUUCGUGGACGGUUUUGGCCUCCAGGUGGCAUUGCCAUCGCAGGUUAAGCCUCUGGCCGACUCCUUGCUCCUGAAGGACUUGUCGUCCAAGAGCAAGACUGACUCCAAGGUCAAACGCGUUAAGAAAGAGGACUUGGACGACUUGGCCCUCAAGAAGACCAGGAGCGACGACAAGAACCAGUUCCAGUGUGAGUUCUGCGACGCCAGCUUCAAGGUCAAAGGCUACUUGACCAGACACUUGAAAAAGCACACCACGGCUGCGUUCCUGUGUCCGUUCUACCAGGUUCCGGCAGAAGGCUCCACAGGCACCAAGUGCCAUCCUACAGGAGGCUUCUCCCGUCGUGAUACCUACAAGACCCACUUGAAGGCGUUGCAUUUCAUCUACCCUCCCGGCACCAAGUCCAGCGAGAGAAACAGUAUUGGGGGUAGAUGCGCAGGCUGCUUCGAGUACUUUGAAAACAACAUCGUAUGGUUGGAAAGACACAUUGAAAGCGGCACGUGUAAAGGGUCGGUUCAGUGCAAGUCCAAGAGAGGCGAAGAACUGGAAACUCGGGAAAACCCCGAGAUCACCGUCAAGAACGAGGUGUAUGACGAAACGUUCUUCAUGAACUAA